UGAUUUAUAUCCUAUUUUAGUUUCCUUGAUUUAAGACAGUUUCCUUGAUUUAAGAGCUAAUUGAAGCUUCUUCUUGUAUAUAAGAAUAUCAUUCAUCAGUAAUGAAAUACAAGAGUUGAAUAACUCUCAUUUUAUAAUUUCUCUUGUAUAUAAUUGAAGUUUCCUUGAUUUAAGACGUACUUGAGGAUGCAUGAUUGGAAGAGGUGAACUGAGAUGUAUAUAACUUUGGCAACUCAACAUGAAAGUCAUGGAAGCGAGAUGACAAUUUUGUAAUGCGUGAGGGGCGUGUGGUUGAUGGUAUCAGAGCGGUUAAAAUCCUAAAUUUUCCAUGGCCGAAGAAAAUUCUUUGAGCAAUGCUCAAUUAAAUACUACCCAAAUUAACCUUGAUGCCUCAUCACCAUACAUCCUUCGUGCUUAUGACAACCCAGGAACAACGUUAGUAACCUGUCUCCUAAAAGAAGAAAAUUAUCCCAUAUGGCGUCGUGCUAUGACGAAUGCACUCCAAGCCAAAAGCAAAUUUGGCUUCGUAGAUGGAUCUAUUACUCGUCCAUCAUCUGGUUCAAAAGAAGAGUCUGCAUGGAUCAAAUGCAAUUCAAUGGUCCUUUCUUGGAUUUUUAAUUCUCUUCAUCCUACGCUACAUGAUAGUGUGGCAUUUUUUAUGACAGCAGGAUAAUUAUGGAAAGACUUAGAAGAAUGUUUUUCACAAGGUAAUGCUUCUCGAAUUCAUCAAUUGAAAACUGAGAUGAUGAAUACAUUGCAACAAGGAAUGAUUGUCUCAGCAUAUUAUACCAAAUUAAAAGGCAUUUGGGAUGAACUCAACACUUAUUCACAAAUCCCACCAUGUACCUGCGGUUCAGCAAAGGCGCUUGCUGCAGAAAAAGAAAAAGAAAACGUGCACCAGUUUUUAAUGGGUUUGAAUGACAAAUACAAAACUGCCUGUUCUCAAAUCUUGAAUACAGAUCCCUUGCCUUCUUUAUCUCGUGUUUAUGAACAGGUAGCCCAAGAAGAACGACAACAGUUAAUAGUAGAGACGCGAUUGCCUUCUGUUGAUGCAGUAGCAUUCUUGACAAACAGCUUCAGCAAAUUCAAUAACAGUCGCAAAUUCACAAGUAACCGUGACCUCUCCAAGCUAUUUUGUGACCAUUGCAAAAGGAUGAAGCACACCAAAGAAACUUGUUUUGAACUAUAUGGCUAUCCGGAAUGGUGGGACAAAGGGAAGAAAUCAUUAAAGCCAAAGAAAACCAACAAUACGCAACUCAUGGAGAAAACUGAGGGUAACAAUACUGUUCCAAUUACUGGAUUGACGAAUGAACAGUAUGCCCAACUCAUAUCUAUGCUCAACCUUGACAAGAGUCAUGCCUCUACAGCCAACUUUGUGGGUACAACUAACUUUGCGGGACCUACCCACGAGGAAGCUGAUUGGAAUGGGUGAAUUACGAGAUGGUCUUUAUUACUUUCGGGCACUCAAAAUUCCUGUAGCAGCAACCAACAUUACUUCUAAUUUGCAUAUUACUCUGUGGCAUCAACGUCUUGGACAUUUGUCUUUUGAUAGGCUGUCUCUUCUCAAGGAUUUAGGUCUGUUUUCUUUUAAGUCUUUUAAUAAAUGUUGUGACUCUUGUCAUCGCGCUAAACAAGCUCGAUCUUCCUUUCCUGUUAGUGCUAUCAAAACACAUGAACCUUUUGAGUUAAUUCAUUGUGAUGUUUGGGGGCCAUAUCAAACUCCAUCUUUAUCCGGGACUCAUUAUUUUUUAAAUAUUGUAGAUGAUUACACUAGAA